AUGGCCACACCUGAGCCAACAAUAAGUGUGGUUUAUCGCAGGCUCUGCUCAACUGGCCUUCCAAAUGAUGUCAUUAUUCAAGUUGGAGAGAUGGCAUUUCACCUCCACAAGUUUCCAUUGUUGUCCAGAAGCAGGGUAUUAGAAAAUCAUAUCUCAGAACUUUCUGAUGGGGAUGAUAAAAAAGGUGAUGACGACAAGAAGUCCGUUCUGCAACUUAAUGACUUACCAGGAGGAGAGAAAACCUUUUUGCUUGUAUCCAAGUUCUGUUAUGGUGUUAAAAUAGAACUCACUGCACUGAAUGUAGUCAGUCUUAGGUGUGCAGCAGAUUAUCUUCAAAUGACUGAAGACUAUGGAGACGGGAACCUGAUUAUGCAAACAGAGACUUUUCUCGACGAAGUGUUUGGCAACUGGGUUGACACGAUUAAAGCUCUUGAAACCUGUGAGGAGGUUCUUCCUAAUGCCGAAGAGCUUCAUAUUGUUUCCAGGUGCAUCAAUUCCUUGGCAAUGAAAGCUUGCACAGAUCCGAGUUUGUUCAGCUGGCCUGUGUCAGGAAGCAGUGGCUCUCAGAGUCCAGUUGGCACUGUUUUUUGGAAUGGAAUACAUACUGCUUCCAAGCCACAUUCUCUGAGUGAGGAUUGGUGGUACGAGGAUGUGUCCUCCCUCAGAUUACCUCUAUAUAAAAGGCUAAUCCAGGCUGUUGGUUCGAGAGGCAUGAAGCCAGAGAGGAUUGCUGGCUCGCUUAUGUUCUAUGCAAAAAAGUAUCUCCCCUUGAAUGGCAGGCAAUCAAGCCUUCAGAAUGGGACACAUGCUGCCCCUGGACCAACACUUUCUGCCUCAUCUCAGACAGAUCAAAGGACUCUCCUUGAAGAGAUUGUGGAGUUACUACCUGAUCAAAAGGGAAUAACGCCAACCAAGCUCCUGCUUAGGCUUCUUCGAACAUCCAUGAUUUUACAUGCAAGUCCAUCUUGUCGGGAGAAUUUGGAGAAGAGGGUUGGGUCCCAGUUAGAUCAAGCAGUUAUGGAUGAUCUUCUAAUACCAAAUAUGGGCUACUCAGUGGAAACCCUCUAUGAUAUUGACUGUGUACAACGAAUCCUUGAUCACUUCAUGCUGGUGGAUGAAGAUGCAAUUGAGUCUGCCUCAAAUUGCUUGGAUGAUGAGGGGCAGAUGAUGGGAGGUUCCCACAAACUGACCCCAUUGACAAUGGUGGCUAAUCUAGUGGACAACUAUUUGGCUGAGGUGGCACCCGAUGUUAAUCUAAAGUUAAUGAAAUUUCGGUCACUCGCUGCUGUAAUCCCAGAUUAUGCUAGACAAAAUGAGGAUGGUAUUUACCGGGCAAUUGAUAUAUAUCUGAAGGCACAUCCAUGGCUCAUGGACUCUGAAAGGGAACAACUUUGCAGGCUCAUGAACUUCCAGAAGCUCUCAUUAGAAGCAAUCACCCAUGCAGCUCAGAAUGAGAGACUACCACUGCGUGUCAUCGUCCAAGUUCUAUUUUUUGAACAGCUCCAACUCCGUACAUCUGUAGCUAGUUGGUUAUAUGUCACAGACAAUCUUGAGAGCUCACAAAAUCCAAGCGGUAAUUUGGCACCCAACAGGAAUGACCGUGCCAUCCAAUUAGGCUGUGCAGAUAAUCGAAUUGUUGCUGUUGAUGAUAUCAGGGAACGGGUUACUGAGCUUGAAAAUGAGUGCUUAAGCAUGAAACAAGAGAUGGAGAAGCUUGUGAAGACCAAGCGGAGUUGGAACAGCUUAUGCAAAAUGUUGGGUUUAAGGCUCAAAUCGAAGUCUUGUGACCCUAAAGCUUCAAAGAUGCACUGCAAUGCCAAAGUUUCACCACCAUCAACACCACCACUUCUCAAUGGGAAACAACAUCAAGAUAAUGGUCAGUUGGUUGAUUGAAUCCCCCUCCAGGCCUCCACCACCUGAAACUUUAGUCGCAUUUUGUUUCUUUGCGGAUAAGUUGAUGCUGUAAUUAAAUUUAGACAUCUGAAUUGAGUUCUUUCUUUCUGUUCUAGUUUACUGAUUCUCAUAUCUUUGGCUCUAUAUUUCUUUUUCUUUUGCCGAGCUUGUAGUCACACUCCCCAGGUUGUGGAAUGGACACCAAUGCUGUGAAAAUUGCU